GAUGGACGAUUGAAGCCUGGAGAUCAACUUGUAUCCAUAAACAAAGAGUCAAUGAUUGGUGUCUCCUAUGAAGAGGCAAAAAGUAUAAUCAACAGAACAAAGACAAGGUUUGAAAGUUUUUGGGAGAUAGCUUUUAUUAGACAAAAAAAUAUUCCCAGUUAUUCAGAGAAUCUGCAACGUCCUUCCAGCCUGUUCAUGUCUGCAGUAGCAUAUGGAGAGCAACAGGCUGCAGUACUUAGUUCUCUUGCAUCUCCUAAUGGGAAGCUUGUUUCAACCUUCACUCCAAAUGCUACAGAAACUGGUGUCAAGAUGGGAGACCAAUCUCCGAUUACUUCCCUAGACAGCAGUCCUACUGAUGUCUCUGUCACUGUUAUUGCCCCCAGCCAGAAUGAUGAUUAUGAGCUGCAAGGAAGGAACUCUACUAUUCGUCUCAAAGCAGAGAAGCUGGAGAGGGCAUUGAAUUAUCUUGGGAUUCAGCCCACAGAUGAACAGCAGCAAGCCCUAAGGCAGCAACUUCAGAAAGAUUCUAACGGAACAGUGUCUUUUGGAGAUUUCGUUGAAGUUUCAAGGAAUCUGUUCUCUAUGCAAUUGAAUGCAACAGAUGAUGGCCAAAAAUCUGUAAUAUUUGGGGUCAAUGAAAUUGCCAGCUUACUGGAUUCAAAGUUUGUGACCUGUGAUUCUUUGGAGGAUGACAUGGAAAGACUUAGGAAAGAAAGAAAUGAAGCUUUAAAAGAAGUGAGUAAAUUAAAGGAAAAAUUGUCUGAAUCUGUGAACUUACAGAAACAGUUAACAGAGGAGCUACAAAUAGUCAAGCAAGAAGCCAAGGCAGCUGUAGAAGAGACAAGAGCCCUGCGAAGUAGGAUUCACCUUGCAGAAGCUGCACAAAGGCAGGCUCGUGGAAUGGAGAUGGACUAUGAAGAAGUAAUUCACCUAUUAGAAGCUGAAAUUGUAGAGCUGAAGGCUCAGCUCACUGAUCAUUCUGGCCAAAAUAAAGAUAACAUCCAAGACUUGAGAAAGAGAGUUACAGUGCUUGACUGCCAGCUGCGGAAAUCAGAAUCGGCUAGGAAGACCUUUGAGGUGGCUACUGAAAAAUUGCUGCAAUUUGUAGAGGUUGUGCAUGAAAUACUUUCAGAUAACUCUACUUCCUCAACAGUUUUAAGUGACAGAAGAACAACAUUGUCUACUAAAGCACUUCUUGCACGGCUGGGAAGGGUUGGACCUACUGUCACAACAGCUCUUGCCGCAGAAGCCAGAGACCUUGCCAAGUCUGUCCGUGCCAUUUUGGAAGUAGACUGUCUGCCUUAUGGAUGGGAAGAAGCUUAUACAGCAGAUGGAAUCAAAUACUUUAUCAACCAUGUGACACAGACGACAUCAUGGAUCCAUCCUGUAACCAGCGCCCUAAGCUUGCUUUGCUCUGAGGAUGAUGAUGAUGGAAUAAGAGAGCUUCCCGGGUCCAAGAGCUGA